AUACCCCAUCCCAAAAUGGCGUGGCCUAAAGAAAAAAUUGGCAUCUUCUUGAGGUAACUCGUGCUCUUCUUUUUCAUAUGAAAGUUCCUAAACACUUUUGGGCAAAUGCAGUUUCUACGGCAUAUUUUUUUAUUAAUCGUAUGUCGUCUUCUGUCCUUAAUGAGGAUAUUCCUUAUACUGCUUUAUUUCCUACAAAAUCUUUGUUGCCCUUUGAACCACGUAUUUUUAGUUGUACCUGUUUUGUGCGUGAUGUUCGCCCACAGGUUACUAAAUUGAAUCCGAAGUCUCUCAAAUGUGUCUUCCUUGGGUACUCCCGCUCCAAAAGGGUACUGCUAUUUCUCUCCUACUCUUAAUUGUUAUCUUGUUUCUGCAAAUGUCAUAUUUUUUGAGUCCACUCCAUUCUUUCCUCAAUCAUCUAUGUAUGAGGUUAGGGGGAGGAGGAUGAUCUUUUAAUAUAUACUGUCUAAUCAAUGUCUAGUCCUCUCCCACAGCCUGUUCAUUCUGUCUCUAGACCUACUCGACCUCCCGUUGUUCAUAUUUAUUCUAGGAAAUUGGAGAUUCCUGACUCAGAUCCUCCACCAACUACUUCGUUGGGAGAUCCUGUACUACAUACUGAUCAUGAUUCUGACCUAAACUUACCCAUUGCUCUUCGUAAAGGUAAGCGUUCAUGCACUUAUCCUAUAUCUUCUUUUGUUUCUUAUAAUCAAUUGUCUUCUUGUUCUCGGUGUUUUGUUACUUCUUCAGACUCUGUUCCUAUUCAUAAUAUUGUUGGUGAGGCACUGUUUCAUCCUGGCUGGUGUGCUGCUAUGAAAGAGGAAAUGGGGGUUUUAGAUGCUAAUGGUACAUGGGAACUGUUGCCUUUGCCCACUGCUGCAUAUGAUUGGCCCCUGCACCAAUUGGAUGUCAAGAAUGUUUUCCUUCAUGGUGAUCUUCAGGAGGAGGUGUAUAUGGAGCAACCACCUAGGUUUGUUGCUUAGGGGAGUUGGGUAAAGUUUGUAGGCUUCGAAAGUCUCUUUAUGGCUUGAAACUAAGUCCUAGGGCCUGGUUUGGGAGAUUCAGUGAAGUAGUACAAGAAUUUGGUAUGCAAAAGAGUAAGUGUGAUCACUCAGUAUUUUAUAGGCAAUCUAAGGCUGGUCUAAUUCUCCUGGUAGUCUAUGUGGAUGACAUUGUCAUCAUUGGAAGUGACUCUACAGAUAUUUUAUCUCUUAAAACGUUCCUCAAAACCUAGUUUCAGACCAAAGACUUGGGAUUGUUAAAGUAUUUCUUGGGUAUUGAGGUUAUGGGAAGUAAGAAGGGUAUUUUCUUGUCUCAAAGAAAAUAUAUCCUUGAUCUAUUGACAGAGACAGGAAAAUUAGGUGCUAAGCCUUGCAGUACACCAAUGGCUCCAAAUUUAUAACUGUUAGUAGGGGAUAGUGAGUUGUUUGAAGAUCCAGAGAGAUACAGGAGAUUGGUAGGAAAAUUGAAUUACCUUAUAGUCAUUCGUCUUGACAUUGCUUAUGCUGUUAGUGUGGUAAGUCAGUUUAUGUCUUCCCCAACUGUUGCUCAUUGGAAAGCCUUGGGAUAAAUCUUGUGUUAUUUGAAGUGCGCUCCAGGAAGAGGUUUGUUAUAUGGUAAUCAUGGACAUUUGAAUGUUGAAUGU